AUGUACAUGGCCUCAUCCGGCAGCACGGGCCCUGGUGUAACGUUGGUGGCCUCCGUCAGCAGGACAGACCCUGGUGUCGUGAAGAUGGCCUCACCCAGCAGCACAGACCCUGACCUGCUCCCAGCUUCAGGCGGUGAGGAGAUGACCAGAGGAUUUCUGCAGGAACUGGUCGGCAUCUUGUUGGGUUUUAUCUGCAAGUCUAAUCAGAGGAGCUCUAAGGUGCUGGACUUCCAUCAUCCUCAUCAGCUAAAGGAGGGACUGGAGGGCUUCAGUCUUGACCUGCCAGUACAACCAGAAACUCUGGAGCAGUUACUAGUGGACUGUAGAGACACCCUCAAAUAUGGUGUUAGUACAGGUCAUCCACGUUUUUUCAAUCAGCUCUCUUCAGGUUUGGAUGUGAUUGGUGUGGCUGGCGAGUGGUUGACCUCAACAGCCAACACGAACAUGUUCACAUAUGAAGUUUCGCCUGUUUUCCUCCUCAUUGAGGAGGCUCUGCUGAAAAAAAUGCGAAGCAUUGUGGGGUGGGCUGAUGAUGAGGGUGACGGACUCUUCUGUCCAGGAGGCACGAUAUCCAAUCUGUACAGCAUCCUCUUGGCCAGGUAUCACUUCUACCCAGAGGUGAAGACCAGAGGGAUGGGAGCUCUGCCUCGGCUGGCCAUGUUCACGUCAGAACAUAGUCAUUAUUCAAUAAAGAAAUCUGCAGCUGUGCUGGGCAUAGGCACUGAGAAUGUGGUUGUGGUGAAAUGUGAUGAAAGAGGGAAAAUUAUUCCUGCAGCACUUGAGACUUCCAUUGCCACAGCUAAAGAAAAGGGUUUGGUUCCUUUCUAUGUGAACGCCACAGCAGGAACUACUGUGUAUGGAGCCUUUGAUCCCCUUAAUGCCAUUGCAGACAUCUGCCACACACACACACUCUGGAUGCACGUUGAUGCAGCUUGGGGUGGAGGCCUGCUGAUGUCAGACAGACACAGAAUGAAAUUGGAGGGCAUUGAACGAGCAUGUUCAGUGACAUGGAAUCCACACAAGAUGAUGGGUGUCCCUCUGCAGUGCUCUGCCAUACUGGUCAAGAAAAGAGGUCUCUUACAGGAGUGUAAUAAGUUGGGGGCCCAGUACCUUUUUCAGACGGACAAACCAUACGAUGUGAGCUAUGACACUGGAGAUAAAAGCAUCCAGUGUGGCCGACACGUUGAUGUGUUUAAACUCUGGCUGAUGUGGAAGGCAAAGGGCUCAGACGGCUUUGGAUCUCAAGUCAACAAAUGUCUGGAGAAUGCUGAGUAUCUCUAUGAUCAGCUGCAGAAAAGGACAGAAUUUGAACUAGUCUUCAAAAACAAACCAGAGCACAGUAAUGUGUGUUUCUGGUACAUCCCUCCCAGUCUGAGAAGCUUGCCACCUGGACCUGACAGAGAUAGAAGACUCCAUCAGGUUGCUCCUCGGAUCAAAGGCAGGAUGAUGGAAAAGGGCUCUGUUCUGAUUGGCUAUCAGCCGUUGGGAACCAAAGUCAAUUUCUUCAGGUGUGUGUUUUCCAAUCCUGCCACUCAACAAGAGGACAUCGACUUUCUGCUGGAUGAGAUUUGCCAGCUGGGUGCUGACCUUUAA